CGAAUCGCGAGACAAUCGAUCGUCGGAAAAAAUUUUCCAUUAUAAACAAGCUAAGACAGUUAACCACCAAGUCAACAUCUGGAGAGAUUACGGUGCUAGCGAGGUAGGCUGUUCCGUAAAUUCUUAACCCUACAGCGGCUAAAAGAUCUGGUGCAUGUACAGGAAUGCGUACGUCGAAAUCUUUCAUCCGGAUCUCUUGGAGUUUUCCCCUGGAAAAUCAUCUGGUCCCGACCUACUUGUAGAUGCACAUAUUUUGAUUCGUCUACCUUGUUACAUCUCACAGUCGUCACUGGACGCUGUCGUUGCGAUUUGUUCAGCUUUUCGAAUCAGUGGUGCUGUCAAAAGGUGACAAAGGACGUUAUCGCUGGAGUGAUUGAGCAAAGCGAUCUCUAAAGGCGACAGUUGUUCCAAGCAAGCAUACUGAUGGCAGCACUAGCCGUGGAUAAGCCAAAAAUACCACAUCGUCAUUUGUAAACGUACAUUUGCCCUUCGCUGUCACAGGCGUCCUCUAGAGAGCCUUCACGGAAGUACGCACAGCUGAAGCUGGAGCAUAGCGAUAAUGACAGGUGACAACCUACUGUAUAUCUCACUGUAGCCGGAUGCGGAGACAUCGCUGAAUAUGCGAUAGAUAUCGAUAAGUAUUGAUGUCAAGUCUUAAUCGCUCCUACUGCUUCUCCUUGGCACCUAUUAGGAAGGUCCUCCAGGACAAACUUUGCUUGAACUAAUGGGACCACCGCAGUCAGCCUGCGGACUUGCCUAUAGUAUCUGAGCACACGUUCAUCAGGGGCUAUUCAACGACGCGAAAGAGGUUUAUGGACAUUCACUGGCUGUCCUUUGCAUUACAGUGGUAGAACCACAUUACCGAUGAUAGGAGACUUGGCUGUUUGAAAAACUGAGGUGACUGGUGCUAGCAGGUGUCUGCGCCGGCAGUGCCAAACGCGAGACUGUGAUUGAUUCGCGAGUGGCGGAAGCUCAACAAUUUAACACUUAAAAAAAAGAUGAAGAUCGUGUUCAUCAGUUCUGGAAAAACAAGAAGAGUGUAUUUGUGUUAAUGAACCUGCCCAGAUGUGUUAACUGGUAACAGUUGAGUUGGCUGUUAGUUUCGGUGCAAUGUCUAUGGUUAACGAGUAAAAGUGUAGGUCAUCAGACAAGAUAAAUGGUAAAGCUUAGCUGACCGUUGCUGCUGUCAGCAAUAGCCCAAAUUCUAGAUACGUCAGAAACUGUGAUACCCAAUGGAGUCGUGGUCAGACCGAGAUUUACUAUAGUGUUUUCGUUUGGUAAUUCUCGACAAUCCAUGAUGAGCUUCAAGGUUAGGGUGAAAGUACCACAUCGGCCAGAAUUCGAUAAGCUCUUCUACAUGGUUCAGCCAGAUCUGCCAAUAAAGACACAGGUACUGCCCAUCUGCCAACGGAUCGACGUCGAGCCUGCGGAAUAUCGUUUCGCAUACGAAGAAGACGGAAAACUGUUCUAUUUGACGGAACAGAAUCGCGACAUACUUAAAGAGGGUAACACCGUCGUGCUAAUGCGAAGUCCCACUCUACUUGCGCAAACGGCAAAAAAUGACCUCGAAUCGUUUAAUAAAGCUAAGGCGUUGGAAAGUCUUAAGUUACUUAUCCACUGUCCGAAAUUUGCUGAACGCUUUGUCGCUGUUGAGGGCAUUGAUUCGUUAGUGAAGGUUAUUGCUGGAGGGCACUUUAAUGGGCCGCAGAUGCACAAAGCCCUUCGCAUUAUCAAGGUGUUUCUCAGCGUUUGUCCCUUAAAUGUUAACCAUUUUACAUUGGAAUUCGUCAAGCGACUUUGCGCCGAGUUGGCACCGCUGUCUCAGUACAGGGGCAAUUUCGACGUAACUCUGUCUGUGUUGGGACACAUGGCUCGAGUGAUGCCCUCCGACGUAUUUGAUCACCUGCCGGUCAGUCGUAUCGUGGAAAAUAUUGCUUAUGGUAACACAAGCACCCCACGCUAUUUCAUUAUACUUAUGAACAACCUCAUGGAUUGUCUCGACACAGAACAUUGCCAGAAGUUAAUCGCUGAUAUUCUCAACGUAAGCGAAAACCUUUCUGAAAAACUACUCCACUGCUUUCCUAAAGGUUCUACUGAAAACGACAUGACUUUUCGUCAGCAGCUGUUCCAGUUCCAAACGAAGCUCCUUAGAAAUAAAUACGGACCACUGUAUAACCAACGAGGUGAAAUGAGCCACAACAAUGAGUUCAACUCGUUCAUGGAGACGGUACUUCGCACCCACCUCGGCUGGAGGGACCCACAAAGUCGACGCUACAUCGAUGCAUUAAAACGCAUUGGAGGAGUACCCGAAGAAUACGAAGACGUCCUGCGGCCAGGAGAGAAGUUUCUGAUCACAGUCCGCGAUAUUGACGGUCUUACUUUACAUUGCCUCAAAUACUUUGAGCAGAAAUAUUCAAUGGUCCUAUACCCUUGGAUGAAGGAGAUCAGCAUCGUCCCUUUGGAGUAUAUAUGCCCACUCCUUAAGAGCGCCAUCCUGCUCAGUGAUCUGAUUGUCGACAUGCUAAGUUUGGAAGAUGCACCAGCAGAAGGAAACAAAGCCUUCCUACGGAUGUUCUUCACAGAUUUAACUUGCUUUCUCGAGGAAUUCUUUUGCCUCACGCUGAAACUUGUUUUAAAGACUUGGCGCGAAAUGAGGGCUGUUUCAGGCGAUCUACUCAAGGUGUUUGCCAUUGUCCGCGAGCAGUUAGCUUUUGCGCUCGAUGAUGAGAUGGCCACAUGGUCAUUCGAUCAGCUUCAGUUGACGCUGAAUGCGGCGCCGUACCCUGUAAUCUCACAGCGUCUUGAAGUGAAGCAGCUCACCAGUGAAGAUGUGAAACGGCAAGAGCUCCUGACCAGCCAGCUAAAGGACAAAAUUUGGUCAUUAGUGCGCGAGUCGAAGAUUGCUAAACUUAUAGAAGGCCUCGAUUUUUCCCGGGUCAGCGAUCGGGGCAGUCGAAUGAAGAAUAAAGUCGUCACCGUAAGGCUUUCUCAUGACCGUCAUCAGGUGCGGGUCAUCAUUGACCAUCAAACGUUGGCCCUUCCACUUGAGUCCCUUUUGCGUGUUGACACCAUGAAACAGUGCAUACAUUACCGCAAGGACGAUUUUGCCCUAACCAUAAUGUCCACCCAGACAGCGCCCGUUCACGUGGCAACGACAGAUCCCGAAGUGUUUGAGGACCUGUGGGAUGCGAUCAACGGACUCAUUGGAGUGUCCCUUGAGAGCAAAUCAGCGCUGGCUGAUUUCAAGGAACUUAUGGAUUUAGAACUGAAGCUUGCCACUCUCGAACUAGAAGUUUGCCGUCACUGGAUAUUGCCCUAUACUGGAUAGUGCGAAUAUAUACGAUGCAAGAAUCGUCUGCUUCCCACUGUUCGGUGAACGAUACCAACUCGUUAAAGUUUCACAUACUGCACUCCUAACACCAAUUAAAUUUCAAUAAAAAUGGCGUGACACUGGCCUCAAUCGAGCUAGCGCCGUAAAUCACUGGUGGGACAACGGUGAUCGAGUGAGGAGAAAUUGCUUACGCUUUAGCGUUGACAUCUUUGGCUUUCGCCAAGGUUUUUGGACAAUAGUCUGUUGCACAUAGAUGUUCGGUGGCUCAAUAUUAAUAAUAAAUAAAUAUUAAAAAAAUAAAUAAAUGCCUAUUAUAUGGGUCAUGUAUGUAUAAGCUUUCAACUAAUGCCUGUUACAAUGCUGUUUGAUUUGUUUUGAGCCAUUACAUCAUGGGUUAGGGUAACGAAACCCAGCUGGAAAUAAGUGCAAGUCCCAAUGUGAAAACGGGGACUGUUUCGUAGAUUAAUGAAAAGUUUUGAUCUGUGAUCGAUUUUGAGACAAGUCGAGGUUUCAAAAUGGAGUAUUUCUUAUGAUUCUAGCGAGAUUCUAAAAUUUUUCUUUUUUUUAUGGAAAUAAAUUCUGUCACCUGUUAUCGUUACCGUUAUUUAUAGAUAUGAACCGUUGAACUUGACUGGUUCGAGUUGCUUUUCUGUUCGAUGACAUUGAAGGACGAUUUUAAUAUUUGUCAGCCAUACACAUUUACUAAGCACUUUAAUAGUUCGCAUCUAGUUCAAGUAUCUUAAGAAGUACGAAUACCUAAGUUAGAAAAAAUAUGAUGAAUAUAUAUGCAUUUUUAUCUUAUUGUGCAUUCGGCUGCUUCUUACGUUGUUGAGACGAAGCAAAUUUAAGUUGUAGGCAUAUGGUUAUAUUCUGCGGGUACAACGACUGUUAUAAUGAAUGCUUUCGUUCGAAAGACUCUGCAUGGAUAAGCAACGAGAGUGUCAAUUUCCCACCGGGGAAAAUUUUUCUAGCUUUCUGUAUUGCGCCUACAAGGUGCACCUGACGCAUAUCGCUAAAUUGAGUAUUUCAUAAGGCCACGAACCACAACUGGCUAUGCGGUGGAAUCAAAUCAGUCUUCCCGUGAUUCAAGCCUAUAGCCGAAACGCUUGCUUACCUAUACAACUUUUCCGCGAGAAUGAAGAACAAGGGCUUUAGUGAUCUUUAGCUUUAGGUUUAAUGUUAAAGAAGCUUCGGACUUUCGGAAAACUUCGGAGUAUAGAGACUCCUUUUAGUCAGAACCGACUAAUAGUAGUUCGACCGACAUCUGUUGAACUACUUGAGCUUAUUGUUCAUCGGCUGAAAAGGUUCUGUAGAAAAUUUGUAUUAAAAAAAAGACAUUUACGUUUAUUUAAGCAAAAAUCAAUAUGUGCCUUCAAAAAAAAACUAUGUACAUCACAGCUAGUAAGCUUUAUUCCAUUAGAGAAUAAUUUAAACAAUAGGAUAAUGUGAAGAUAUUCUUCGGCGUUCACACUAUAAUGUAUAUGUGGAAAAUACGAUAGAAUAACUAUUGCAGUCCAUAAUCGAUGCUUGUACCUGUGUCCGAUGUGGGCGGAACCAGCCUUCUCUGAAUGGCGUAGCGCAGAGGGUCACAACGUAACUACAGCGCUUCUACUAUGUAUUUUAAUCAUACUAUUUUCAGCAUUCUUAUUCUAUAUGAGACAAACAUAAUUCAUAUACGCUAUGUCUGAGAAAAAGACAGGAUCAAAUGAUUCAACGUUGAUCUAACUCAAUAUUGUCUAGUGUACGAUAACUGUAAAUGAAGACUGUUUACUCCAUAUCCCAAAUAUUUAUUUUUUUUUUUUAUGAAAUCUUGUCUUGAAAAGUGUCACCACUCAUCUAUCGUUACUAAAAGUGUACACUGUUAUAUACUGCCUGCAACUUACGUCCAUUGUGUAGAAAUAGCUUGAGUAACUAUUAUUACUAAAAUUUAUUUGGUUAAUUAUCAUGCAUGAAGUUUGUCAUAACAGCUUUAGAUACUGGAAAGAAUAUCCGCCGCGGCAGCUCGUCUAACACUGAUGACUCACGAAAAUCAGGUCGAUGUCAAACGUCAAUAGGCCAUAGGGACAUAAAUAUAUGUCCCUAUAUAUAUAUAGGAAAUUCAUUACGGAAUGGGCUAUACACGACUCGUAACGAUUGGCAUCAAAUGUAGAAUAUAAACACGGUAAUAUUUGCUCUUAUUCUACAUUUGGUAACGGUUGAAACGUCUCAUAAGCUCCACAUAGCCCAGUCUGUCGAGGAUAAUCAUGAUGAUGGUGCUAUAUGUCUAUGGUUCGCAAUGAAGAACCUCGAUUUUUUCAAGCGAC